AUGGCUGGCUCUACAAGGCUGCCUCGACAGGCGACGGCGUGCAACUGGUGCCGCGAGCAUAAAAUGAAGUGCGAUACAGGGCAACCGUCCUGUCGCAACUGCAGUGCUCGCAGUCUCGAGUGCAUCACGACCGAUCUCCGCCGGCCAGGACGAGUAGGUCGUCGCCGCGAGCCUGUAGGCCGUCGAGGCAAGCGGGCUAUCGAGCAUCGUCCUCUGCCACUGCAUGAGUCUGCUUCUUAUACAGUCUCAGGCUCGUCGCCCCCUUCGCCCACCGAGAAAGUCCUCGUUCCCAUGAUCGCCCAGGAAACUCCCCUGCCAUCGAUGUUCAUUGCGCCGUUUGCCGGGGAAGAGCAGCCUUGUCGAGUCUCCCAGGCAGAGAGACCUAGCCAAAGAUCCAAUAUCGCGGUGAUGACCGACAAGAGUCGCUCGAGGUGCCAGGCCAUUGGGAGCGGCUGUGAUAGUGUGUAUCUUCUCGUCCAAUAUCUCGACCUCCUGUUCACAAAUCGCGACUUUUGGCGUCCAAUAUUUCCCCAUUUCCAGCAAGGCGUGGCCUAUUCCAUGGAGGUUUCGCUGCCGUUUCUCACCUCCCUGCCAGACCUGCCCCCAUCCGCCAAAGCCGACGAGUACCUUGUUGUGUUUUUCUCCAAGAUAUAUCCGAUAUAUCCUAUCGUUGAGCGGGAUAGCAUCUAUGAGCUGAUUCAGAAGCUGAGGCCGAUGCUGGCAUCAAAAAGCUCGCCUUUCACUGCAAAGGAUUACCCGCAUCUGGUCUGUCUCUAUUGCCUUUUCAGUGCCUCUGCCGAUGAACUUGAAGGCCAUCCGACUGAUAUUGGUGCGUCUUACCUCGAGGCGGCUUACUCUCUGUACGGCCACCUGGUUGCCAUUCCUUACGCCACGUCCGUACAAGCACUGUUGCUACUAGCCAUCGUCUUGAGGAGCCGCAGCAAAGAGGGCGCAAGCUGGGAGGUCCUGGGCCAGGCAAUCCGUAUCGCACAGUCGCUUGGCUUGCAUCGGGAUAUGCCAAAUCCCAUGAUCAUGGCUGAUGGAUUUGAUAUGGCCGGGACAGUGGACCUCUCUUCGCGGCUUUGGUGGACAGCAUAUAUUCUUGAAAAGGCCAUGGUACUGGAGUCUGGCAGGCCGUCGGCUAUACGCGAAGAAGAAUGUGACCAGACCUUUCCACAUCCGGUGCGGUCUCUAAGUCUUCCAGGGCGCUGCUUCGAUUACUUUGGAGCAUUGAUCCGGCUUGCCCAGAUCCAGGACUCGAUAAUCCGACUAUCUCACAGGAAACAAGGCCGCACAACAAAGGAGAUAUUGCAUGAAAUGGGACGUAUUGACAGGUCUUUGCUGGAUCUGGCGGCGACAUUCCCCGAAGACAUCAGGCCUGGUCAUGAUAUCUUUUGUCCACCAGAGGAAUUCCACCUGGCGACAUUCGUCACAUUGAGCUACCAUCAGAGUCUCAUUGCCUUGCAUCGACCCGCUCUAACGUCUCAUACUAGCUGGCUUAGAAGCCGUGUUAGCCAUCUCUGCGAAGGAACCCCAUGGAGGAGCAGACUGCGAUAUUCUCUUUGUAUCGGGGCAGCAUCUGCACGCUCGAUCCUGAAAACAUACAAUGACAUGACCCUCUACAGCAACGGGUCACGACUCACUACGCUCAACCAGCUGUUGCUUGCAAUCAUGACCCUUUCCAUCUACGUGACCAAGAUUCCCUCGAGCUUGAUGAACGGAUCUGACCUGGCGAUGGUCCUUGCCUUUGCAGAAAGCAUUGAGCAGCAAUAUCUGAAUCUCGGCCAGGACGCGGAGUUUCUACGAGGCCUUGCCCUGCUAAGAAAGCAGCUUAACGAACAUGUCACCUCAACAAGUCUACUACAUAAACCUCAACUCGCAGCGCUUCCUCGGGAUGCGGAGGCUCCUGAUUGCGGCAUUGACAUGGAGUUCGACCUGGACCGUCUUGAUGGCGCCUGGCCUUCCCUUUGGACAGAGGGCUUAAAUGGUUUCUGUGUUAAUGAUAACGAUCAGGACGUGUUGAACAGCUUUCUUCUGGGACUAUCAUGA